AUGAGGAGAAUGUUGAUCGUGGCCGGUUGGCUCGGCUUGGCAAUUGCGACGGUGGCUGGAAUGUCAUCGGCGGAGCCGGAGCUUGGCUCAGCUCGUGUCGUUUUCCAGACGGAUUAUGGAGAUAUUGAGUUUGGAUUCUAUCCAUCUGUGGCGCCACGAACCGUUGACCACAUUUUCAAGCUUGUUCGGCUUGGAGGCUAUAACACUAAUCACUUCUUCAGGGUGGACAAGGGUUUUGUGGCCCAAGUGGCGGAUGUGGCUGGUGGACGAUCGGCUCCGAUGAAUGAAGAGCAAAGAGCGGAAGCGGAGAAGACUGUAAUUGGGGAAUUUAGUAAUGUGAAACAUGUGAGGGGUAUUCUGUCCAUGGGCAGGUAUUCUGAUCCAAACAGCGCAUCUUCCUCGUUUUCAAUCCUUCUUGGAGAUGCGCCACAUCUUGAUGGCCAAUAUGCAGUAUUUGGUAAAGUUACCAAAGGAGAUGACACAUUGAAGAAGUUGGAGCAAGUUCCUACAAGGACCGAGGGAAUCUUUGUCAUGCCAACAGAGCGGAUCACUAUUCUGUCAUCGUACUACUAUGAUACUACCUUGGAGAAGUGUGACGCGGAGAGGACGAUCCUGAAGCGAAGGCUUGCUGCUGCUGCUAUUGAAAUUGAAAAACAGAGAAUGAAAUGCUUCGCGUGA